AUGUUCAAAUUGUGCGUUUUUGCCACUCUUUUGGCCGUGAGCCAAGCAGGAGUAGUGAGCACUGGAAUCGGUAUUGGAGGAGUUGGAGUUAGCGGACUUGGUCUUGGAGGCCUUGGUGUCGGAGGCUUAGGUAUCGGUGGUCUGGAUGGAGGAAUUGGCGUCGGCCACAUUGGCGUCGCCGCUCCGGUGGCUGUGGCCGCCCCGGUGGUCAAGACCGUUGUGGGAGCCACAUCUUACCAAAACAACAAUCAGAUCAGUGUUCAUCCGGUUCCGGUUGUCGCUCAAGUCAAGACCGUUGCUGCCGCUCCAGUUGCAGUCGCUGCUCCCGUUGUUAAGGCCGUUGCCGCUCCCGUCGCUGUAGCCACUCCGGUUGUCAGGACCGUUGCCGCUCCUAUCGGCAUCGGAGGAAUUGGACUUAGUGGACUUGGUGGAGUUGGACUUGGAGGCGUUGGACUUGGAGGACUUGGACUUGGAGGAGUUGGACUUGGAGGCGUUGGACUUGGGGGAGUUGGACUCAGUGGAGUUCAUGUUGGGGGAAUUGGGUUGAGUGGCAUUAAUACCGUCGGUCUUGGUGGCGUCGGACUUUCCAACCUCGGAGGUGUUGGACUGGCUAAAUGGUAA